GGGCACAUAUAGACAAACAACCAUUCACACUCACAUUCAUACCUAUGGACAAUUUGGAGUCGCCAAUUAACCUAGCAUGUUUUUAGAAUGUGGGAGGAAACCGGAGUACCCGGAGAAAACCCACGCAGAACAUGCAAACUCCACACAGAGAUGGCCGAGGGUGGGAUUGAACUCGGGUCUCCUAGCUGUGAGGUCUGCACGCUAAACACUAGACCGCCGUAUCAGUACUUGAUAUAUUGAAAUAAAUGAUCCGCAUGUUGCAGACUAACCAAAGAAUAUACAUAACAUAACACUACAUUUUGUAUAAGAUGGUACGCAGCCAGCGAGUCUCCUCUUCUUUUCAAUAAACCAACCGUCCUUCACAUUAAAAAAAAAAAAAAAAAGUUGCAUUGCACUCAAGGUUCUUUUCUUUGAAAUCACUCAUACUCAAUUACUUUAUGUUUUGAAUUUUUCCCUGCGAUGGAUGGUGGGUGGAUGUAGAAGAAGAGAGAAAACGAGAGAGGCGGAGGGAAAAAAAAAAAAGUGGGGGUGGCGGAGCGAGCUAGCGAUACAAAGAGAGAGAGAUCAUCACAUCACCGUCAUCUGACUUGGCUCGGAUCUGACUUGAUUGUUGUUGUGUGGAAUGAUGAGGAGACGAGAAGAUGAGUAUGGAAUGCGAGGUUCCUCAAUGUGAUACAGAUACUCUCCAUCCGCCUUGUCAGGGCUUUUUUGCUGAGGAAGCCAAUUUGAGAAGACCGACAACGGCCUGACUGACGUCAAAGAUACUUUUUUUUUUUUAAAACGAAGAAAAAAAAUGACCUCGGUUAUUUACGUCUACAUCUGAAAGCUAAGAAGUACUAUUUUUUUUUAAUUCAACAACAAUUCAAGCUUCAAUCAUGCAUCCAGUUGACCUUACCGUACUUCUGGCCAUGACGCUGCUGAUGCUGCUGUGGGGUCCACGGGGGUCCGAGGCACAGAAUGACACAGAACCCAUCAUUCUUGAAGGGAAAUGUCUGGUGGUCUGCGACUCCACGCCGUCAUCCGAACCAGCCGGGAACGCUCUGGGUAUGUCGGUACGAUCGGGCAGCGGCCGGGUCGCCUUCUCCGCCAGUCGCCAGACCAACCACGAGCCUACGGAUAUGAGCAACCGCACCAUGAUUAUCUACUUUGAUAACAUCCUGGUGAACGUGGGCAGUCAUUUUGAUCAGGAGAGCAGUGUCUUCCUGGCACCGAGACGAGGUGUUUACAGCUUCAACUUCCACGUUGUCAAGGCCUACAACAGACAGACUAUUCAGGUUAGCUUGAUGGUAAACGGCUGGCCCAUGAUUUCAGCCUUUGCCGGGGACCAGGAUGUGACCAGAGAAGCGGCCACUAACGCCGGGUUGGUGAUUAUGGAGAAAGGCGACAAGGCCUACUUACGACUGGAGAGGGGUAACCUCAUGGGAGGAUGGAAGUACUCCACCUUUUCCGGGUUUCUGGUCUUCCCCCUGUGAAGAAAACGGAGAUGAACGAACGAUCACAGUGCAUGUGAGGCUGAAUAUUCCUUGACAGAGUAUAAGAUGCUUUGCUUACAGGUUUUUCCUCGAUUGUUUACACACAAUUUGUGAUGCCUGAGACACAAUGACCACAACAUAGAACCAAUGCACCAACUCCAUGAACCAAAGUCUGCUAAACUAUAAGCACCAAUUCCUGCUUUACACUCACACUGCAGAUCUACAACACACUUUUUUUUCAAAACACUACACACAAUUCUUUGAAUUUUGGCACAAUUUUCAUGAAGUAAACUUCUUUUCACAAAAAAAAAAACACUAUGCCACUCAAAACAGUCAAAUUAAUAUUCCUAUUAUUCACACUGACUCAUCACAUGGGUAAACACCUGUCAUACAUUUUUACAAUUCCUCCACAGCGCUGUAAGAGACUCAUUGCAAGUUAUCCCAAACGCUUGAUUGCAGUUGUUGCUGCUAAGAGUGGCCUCCAAUGUGGCUGAAUGACAACAAUUCCGCAAAAUUCCUCCACAGCGCUAUAAGAGACUCAUUGCAAGUUAUCCCAAACGCUUGAUUGCAGUUGUUGCCGCUAAGGGUGGCCUACAAUAUGGCUGAAUGACAACAAUUCUGCAAAAUUCCUCCUCAGCGCUGUAAGAGACUCAUUGCAAGUUAUCCCAAACGCUUGAUUGCAGUUGUUGCCGCUAAGGGUGACCUCCAAUGUGGCUGAAUGACAACAAUUCUGCAAAAUUCCUCCACAGCGCUGUAAGAGACUUCUUGCAAGUUAUCCAAACACUUGAUUGCAGUUGCUGCAGUUGCUGGUUGGUGGCCCAACCAGUUAUUAGCUUCAAGGGGCAAUCAUGUUGUUCACACAGGGCCAUGUAGCUUUGGAAAAAAAAACAAAAAUGACUUAAAUAAAUGUAAAAAAAAAACAUUAGGAAAUCCUAAAAAUAAUUUAAUUGAAAAAUACUAAAAAAAAAACGCAUGAAAAAACAUGGAAUAAAUUGUAAAAAAUCAAAAAUAUGAAAUUAUUUUAAAAAUUAAACUAAAAAAAACACUAUGCCACUAAAAACAGUCAAAUUAAUAUUCCUAUUAUUCACACUGACUCAUCACAUGGCUAAACACCUGGCACAUGUUUUUACAAUUAGCAGUCUAACAAUGAGGGAGGUUUAUUAUUAUUAUUAUUAUUAUUAUUAUUAUUAUUAUUAUUUCUUGAACUGAAGCUGUAUACCUUUAGAUGCAGACCACUGUAUGUGGAACUUUGUGUUGGCUGUGAUGAACACUUCGUACAUUGUUUUUCUGUGAAAAAUUUAAAAAAAAUUGUGUUCUGAGUCAAAAAAAAAUACAAAAAAACCCCAAAAAUUCAAAAAUAUUUUGCAAGAAGUGUCACACUGAACACAAAAAGGUCCGAGUCAUGAUGAAUAUGAUGAUAAAUGUUUGUUCGUAUAGUGGUUUGUGUGCGUUAUUUGGAGACAAAACACCAUUUUGAGAAGAAUGAAGACUGUUUUGGAUGUAAAGUUUCAUUUUGCAGGAGAAUUGAGUUGUGUUUUUUGGAUUUGGAUUUGUGUGUAGAGUUCUGAGAAUAUGAGGCAUCCUUUCAGAAAAUGUGUUUAAACAAUCGAGAAAAACUGUCAACGUGUAACUACUUCGUGAUUAUGUAUAGCUGAUAUCGGAUUUGUGCAAUUUAUAAAGUUAACCCUGUGCAUUGUGGGUUUCUUUGCAAGUAAGCCUUUUUUUCCCCUAUUAAUGUUUAAAAUGAAGUGCUGUGCUCCACAUGAUGUUUAUGCCUGCAUCAGACAUUUCCAAAAAGAAGCCAUAUUGAAAUAAAAACAUAUAAAACGGGCAAUACAUUUGCAUGCAAUGUUAUUUACAAUGCUUGUAAACAGAUCACAGAUCAGGCUAAAUAUUAUCCCGCCUCCCUCGCACGGCUUCUCUAGCCAUCGCCACAGCAGCUGUUUGUAAAUAUAGCUCCCACCAGCAGAGUUGGCGUUGGCGUGGACCAAGCGGAGCGGCACGGGGCAGAGAGUACGCAAAUGUACUUUACUCGGAGCGCCGCAGACAGAUGGAGCCACUGGCGAGCAUCAAGGCUUUUCUCUGCAGGGCUGCCAUGGUGGAAAAGUGGUCUACUGUCACAUGGAGUCACUUAUGCUCGCUUGGUUUAUCAUCACGGUCGUUUAAUGUGAAUCGUACUCAUAUCAUACGCAUUUUGAGUAUUUUUUAAGCCAGACGUUAAUACGCCGAGUCAUAUUAAUGCAGCUAAAGUGGUAUUAAUGCUGGACUUACUGUCACUUUCUAUGUAUCUCAUUGAUAUUUUUGGGCUGUUGCAAGUAAAGUAUGUUAUACUUUAUCAUAAAUAAGUCAAAUCAGCGAGCAGGUAAAUGAUUUGAGUCUAAAAUGUGAAUUAUUUUAAUAGCAAAUGCUAUGCUAGCUUAAGAUCCAUGACUGACUGAGUGCAGAUGCUUCCACUGGACCAGCUCUGCCCCCUUGCAAGGGUGCUGGAGGUUACAUGGGAGUUAUUAUGAUCUAAUCUUGAUAUUUGGCAGUCCUUGAACACACCACCGAAACUACGAGACGCAAAAAUUAAACAUUCAUUCAUUCAUUUUCUAUCGCUUUUCCUCACAAGGGUC